GCAGUUCUCCUCAGCCUUUCUGCCUCGGGGAAGGAGGGAAGGGCCCAAGCGUGGUCAGAGGGCGGUGGAGCCCACCAUUAGGCCACCGGGCCUAGUGGUUGGCGCCGACCAAUAGGCCACCGGGCCCGUUGUUGGCGCCUCGAGGGCCCGACGACCGUUGAAGCCUAGACCUGAAGCCGUCGGGGUGAAGGAGGAUCAGGCUCGUUUAGGCCUUGGAAAUAGGCCGCUGAGGAAGACGUUGGUUCUUAAAAAUGAUUGAAGUCGGCAUACUUAAGAUUGAAGACCCAGGCUGUUUCUGGGUCACGAAAAAAGGACACGGGCCUUUUUUAAACCAUGAAAUGGAAUAUCAGAAGUUGACUAUUGAGAUGAAUAACUUCUACAAUCAUGCAUGUAGAGGUGAAGACCUAAAGCCAUUAAUGUUGGAAGAAGGACAGGUUUGUGUGGUCUAUUGUGUGGAGCUGAAGAGUUGGUGUAGGGCGGUUGUUAAAUCAAUCAUGCCCUCUGCAGACCACCACUUGGCAGAAUGUUUCCUUGUGGAUUUUGCUAAAUAUAUUCCUGUAAAAACAAAGAACAUUCGGGUGGCUCUAGAGACUUUCAUGCAGCUUCCUUACAGAGCGAAAAAAUUCAGGCUCUACUGUACAAAACCAGUUACACUGCAUAUUAAUAUCUAUAAGGACAAUGCUGAAAUAGUGCCAGCCAAGAGAUGGGACAGUGCUGCUAUUCUGUACUUUAAUAAAAUUCUAAAAGCAACUACUCAAAUUGAGGCUAAAUUAUGUGCAGAGCAAGAAGACUUUUUUGACGUUUACCUUUAUGUAACCAUAAAGAAUGAGAAGAUUUGUGUAAAUGAUGAACUGGUUGCAAAGAAUUUUGCCUGCUAUGAUACGCCCAAAGAAAGUAAAUUUGGUACUCCUGAGAACAUAGUGAAGUGCACCACCAAAAUAAAUUCUAAGCCCCUGCCAAGCGAAAUUAAUCCUGCACUUGCUCUUUGGCCAACGUUGUUUCAAGAAAAAAUACCUGAGUGUCUUGGAGCCAGUAUUGCCUCUCAGGCCCCAAAACUUCCAAUUGGAGAUUUCUCACCUAAACAAGUCCUGGGGAAUGAGUGUAAGGAAAAAGAGCACAUUUCUUCCAAUGAAAUAAAUAAUUCUACUGUCACUUCAGGGUGCUACCUUCCAAAAAGAGACAUGACUAAUCUUGCUGACUCAGUUGAACAAACUGCAAGUGUAUUAAGUCCCAAGUUAAAUGAAAACCAAUCAAAAUGGACUAAGAAGAGAGGCUGUGGUGAGAGAAAUGGCUGUGUGAAGUUGCUGCAGUUUUUAAAUCCAGAUCCUAUAUUUGCUGAUGGCACUCAUUAUUUGCAGAAACCAAAUAUCAGCAUGCAGCAGCCUUUCACUGUUCUCCGCAACAAAAUUGAACCAUGUUCAACAUUUGAAACCGCACCUCUGUCGAGAAACCUGAAGAAGGCACUUCGCAGGAAUAAGUUUCAAGGACCUAAUCACACUGAAUCUUACUGCUGGCCACCAAUUGCUCGUGGAUGUGAUUCAGUAGUCAUAUCUCAUCAUGGAAAAGAUCCUUUAUUGUAUAUUCCACCAAUUCUUACAUUUAUGCAAAUCGGAAACUGCUACAAGUCUUUACCCUCUAGGAAUGGACCAUUAGCAGUCAUUUUAUGCCCUGGAUGGAAGAAGGCAAUGCUUGUUUUUGACCUGUUAACAGAGUACAGCAGAGGCACCAGACCUCUUCAUCCUAUGUUAGUGUUAGUUGGACUCUACAAAGAGGAAGCCAAAAAUAUGAAGCUUCAAAAGGGAUGUGAAGUAAUCAUCACAACACCACACAGCCUUUCAAGACUCCUUAAAUAUCAUAGCUUAUUAUUUCUUAGAAUCUGUCAUCUUAUUUUUGAUGAGGUUGAAGCAUUAUUCUUGGAAGCUAGUGAGCAAAUGCAUACUAUCUUAGACUAUUUCAAGAAAAUGAGUAUUGAAAGAGAUUCUUCACCACAUCAGAUUGUCGCUGUUGGAACUCAUUGGAGUAAACACUUAGAAAUUUUAAUAAAAGAGUUCAUGAAUGACCCUUAUAUUGUUAUAACUGCCUUGGAGGAAGCUGCACUCUAUGGAAAUGUACAACAGGUAGUACACCUGUGUUUAGAAUACGAAAAAACUUCUCCUUUACUCCAAUUUCUUGAUUUUACCCCAAGUGUUACUCAGAAAACUCUAAUAUUCACCAGUUCUGUAGAUGAAGAAGAAUUGAUUUAUAAGGCAGUGGUGAACAGUUCAAUAUUUUGUAUCAAAAGCCACAGAGAUAUGGGUUUUGACUCCAAAAAUGUUUUGGAACAAUGGAAAAAGAAAUUCAGUUCUGGCACUCAUGUAGUGUUAGUUUUAACAGAUGACUGCAUUCCUUCCUUGGCUAUUACUGAUGCAACUUGUGUGAUCCAUUUUAAUUUUCCUAAUUCUCCAAGAAUUUAUGGUGACCGUUUGUACUGCAUGUCAGAUAAUUUUCAAAAUUUAAUAGAACAGGGUGCUUCUGUAGAGCAAGGUGUCUCAAAGGCAAAGUCUAUUUUACUGCUGACUGAAAAAAGUGCCUGCCAUGCAGUUGGUAUACUGCGUUAUUUGGAACGAACAGAUGCCAGUAUUCCACCUGAACUGUGUAAUUUUACUGCUGGUGUCCUGGAAGCUAAAGAAGAUAUGAAAGUUGGAAGACCUCUCUGUCAGUACCUUAAGGAUUUUGGUUUUUGCAAAAAUAAAAGGAUGUGUCCUGAUAGACAUCGUAUUAAUACAGAAGUAGAUAUACCAAAUAUUUUUUCUGAAAAAACUCCAAAUGAUGGAUACAUAACUAUAAUUCCAUUUUACAUUGUGAAUGCAACAAACUACUUUGGUAGAAUCAUAGAUAAAUAUGAGGAUCUGUAUGCACAUCUUAGUGCAGAAAUGAAUGAAUACUUUAAGGAAUCCACUAAUAAAGUACCUGUUAAAAAAGUGGAGAAACUUAAGUUGUAUGCAUUAUAUGAAAAAACACUCUUUCACAGGGUUCAAGUGUUGAAGAUCGGUCAAGAAGAAAAUCGGAUCUUUUUUAAUGUCCAAAUAAAAUAUAUAGAUGAGGGCAGAACUGAUAACAUAAAGAGUUAUCACCUCCUUCACCUACCUGAAAGAUUUCACAGUAUCCCUCCUCAAGCUGUAGAAUUCAUUGUUUGUAGAGUGAAACCUAUUGAUAAUGAAAUUGACUGGAGCCCAAAGGUCACUAGAUACAUUCACAAUAAAAUUAAAGGGACAAUACAUGAGGCAAAAAUAGUACUUUCUCUGGGAAAUACAGUUUGGAUUGAUCCAAUGAUCCAUGUCACCAGACUGUCCGAUUUGAAAACAUCUAUUAUUGAAUAUAAUAUUCGCUCGGAGAUACUGUCUUUGGGCAUGGGCACUGAUAAUCCAGAACAUGCAGAAAAUUUGAAAAAAUUGUUUGAAGAAGCCAAAACCGCAACUCAUGAGGAGAGCACAAUCCAAAACUCAAUAUUUGCUAAAAGUCCCGACACAGUCAAGAAGCUUGCAGAUGAUCUGCAGAGUACAGAAACAGAAGACGAGGUCACAAAAAACGCUUCAUCGGAGAUGAAUCCAGAAGAUCCAAAGAGUGAUUUUGAGUCGGAAAACAAGGGACAAACAGAUAUUAAAGGAACAGCAUCACGGACUUACCCUAAAAGCUACAACCCAGAAAUAAAAUGGUUUCAAAAAGAAGAUAAUAUUAUUUUGAAGUUAAAAAUAAGAAAUGUAAAAGAUCAUAAAUGUACAUUUUCUAGAGAGGGGGUUAUUUUCAGUGCUUGGGUGGGAGACAAGUUUUACCUGGCUGAUCUUCAGCUUCAUAAAAGCAUAUUUGAAGAAAAGUCCAAAUGUAUAAUUAAAAAUGAAGAACCUAUGAUCAUUCUUGUGAAAGAGAAAAAGGAACCUUGGUUGACAUUACUCAAGCACAAGAGUCCUAAUGUGUCUUUUGAUUUUGAUCACUGGGAAGAACCUGAAGAGGAAAGCCCUUUUUCUAAUGUUGUACCUGCUAAAAGAAUGCACCAUUUUCCUGAUCGGAUAAUUGAAGAAAUGGAUGACUCUUCAGGGGACAGUGAGAGUGAGAGUGACUAACAUGUAGUUAUUUUCCAUGUUUGGAUGAUGUACUUUUAUGUAUUAAUGGAUGUUAUGAGCAUGAAAAUGGAGAUAUGUUGAAAUGUUGACAUUUGUAGAAAUAACCUUUAUUUUUAUCCCAAAGAUGGAAUAAUUAGAUGAUCUCAUUAAUAGUUGAAAUGUCAUUUUUAGCCAGAUUACAGACUAAAUUAAAGAGAUGGUAGAGGAAUGCAGUAGAGGAAUUGGAUGGCACAGUUUCAAAGACUGUUGAAGGCAGCAUUCAGAAUUUUAAUCUGGGUUAGCCUUCUGAGUGAAUGGACUCACACAAAUAGAUGUCCCACUCUCCCCUGUGUGGAAGAGUGUUUUUGUAUAUAUGCCUUUCUCUCCAUCCCUCCCCUUGGCAAACUUCAAGUUUGAGUAGUAAAAAGCAAAUUUUGAUCCAUGAGUAAUGGAGUAUAGAGCUCUCACUGUAAGACAGUCAUUUAGAAAUUGGUCCAAGAUUUUGUUUUUGUGAGGGCAAGGAGAAAGCAGUUGUCCUCUUGAGGGUGGCUUUCGGCCCUAAUUAAAUAGGCUUCCUCCUCACAAAACCAGCAGCACAUAGCACAAAUUAAUAUCCGCUAUCCCUUCAGCACUGAAUUAGCCUAAUGUUAAACUUAAAAACUUGGAAAACAUAUUGCUCUGCUCCCAUUGUUGUCAGGAGCAAAGCAGUUGGAGCAGUGUGGAUUGUUACUGCUUGCUAAAACUUUCUGUGCUUUAAAUUUUGGUUUACAGACCUCUUCGUAUCCUUUAAUAAGCACCAAAUUCAUUUUUCAUGAGAAGCUAUAUUUAAGUCUCUUUGGCAAUGCUGCUUGGAAAAUUAGGCUUCUGUCAAUGUGAAAAUGUGGAUGAAACCAUAUAUUCAGAUUUGACCAGGUCAUUAGUGAAAUGGAGUUUCUAGAUUUUCCAGAAGGUGAAAGUUCUUAACUCCUAUGUAUUCUAUCCCAUUGUUGAGUGUAGAUUUUGCUGAUUACCUGUGACUCCAUGUAUCUCACGGAGUCCCUUGAAUGUUAUUAGCAGUAAUUAGGGUACAGAAAUGAUGACUAACUUACUGAAACUCCAGAGGAAACCAGGUUUGACCGAAUGUUGUCAUCUGGACAACACUACCCUUAAUCAAAAGCCAGAGAUUGAUUGACACUCCCGUGUGAGCAUGGCUAAGGUGAUACUGCCCUAACGGGAUAAUGGGCAGGAUGAAUAGCUAAAAUGGAAAUGUAAAACAAAUUUCGAUUUGAAUUUCACAAUUAGUGUCGAUUCAGCUAAAGAAAAUUAUACCUAAUUAGAAAUGUGAGAUGCCAGAAAACCAAUAUGACCAGGAAGAUUAGCACACAGGAGUUACAUUGUCAAUGGACGGCUGAGUAGGAAGAACUUGCACUGUAGUACCAAUCCAGUGCAUAUGCACAGCGGUGUCUUCUGACAUUGCACUGUGUUAUAUCCAGACAGAACCAACAUCCAAGUGGAACAUUCCCUAAUUCUGCUGUCACAGUCUAGCCAAAGUGCAUAGUGAAAACACCUGCUCUAAGAGAACCGACUGUACUUGAAAACCUAACAGAGAUGGCUUAGCUAGCCACCUGGAUGUUGAGGAGCAAAGAAAGGAAUACCAUCAUUUAGUAGGCAGAUAUUUAAAAUGAAAUAGCAUGGCACAGAGAAUAAAGUGUGAAUAUUGGUAGGAAGUUAAAUGUAAAGCCCACUAGGCGCUUUUGGUCUUGUGGGCAUGCAUGUUAAGGCAAUUUAUCUUUUGUGCCUCAGCUUCCUUAUCUGUUAGAAAAAUCUAGGAAUUAAUAGUUAUUUUAUAGAGCACCUGUUUUUGUAAUGUCUUCUCAAAGAAUCCAAAACUCUCUCUAAAUAGCAUUCUAAUAAUUCUCCUCUAAAUUUUGUUACAAAGUUAAAUGUGACCUGGGCAUCAUCCAGUGUCCCGUACAGGAUGAUUUCUUCUCUGUUCACGGAUUUUUCUUAGGCUAUUUACGUAGAGCAGUAUUCCUUUCGUGAUUAGAGUCUGAUCCUAGAAACAGAGAGAGGAACCUGGGGCAGAUUGCCUUGGGCCUCUUAGAUUAGCAGACCAUUAGCAGUUUUUGGGGACUCUCAUUAUCACUAUUAGAGCUAUGCACAGUUGGAAAUCACAGGGCCUGCCUAACCGAAGUCUUUAGCCCGCUGCUGGCCCGAUUUCCCAGAGAGCUGGGAAGACCUCAUUUUGCCUGCAGGUACCCCAGGGGCCAACUUGACACAAAACCAAUCCAGCUAGAUUUAGGUUGGCUUCAGUCUUCAGUGUCCCCUGUUUUUGUCGGGGAAGGUUUGGGGAACCCAAAUCCCCUUAGCCAAAUCAGAAGUUGCCCCAGGAGUGAUGUCUAGGGGAGCACAAUUGAGGCGGUAGCUCCGGUUUCGGGAGGCCUUGCGGGAUGCCCAGAUCUUUAUAAAGAUCUCACUGCUACGCAGUUCUUCUCAUGAAAUUCUGGAGCAGCAACAGAAUGACCCAGUUUCCAGAUUUGCAUGUGAGGGCUUCUGCAGGGGUAUGUGGAUGACUUCCAAUGUGCAUGUUCUGUGCCUUGGAACUAUUUGUUAUAAAAUGUCUUGGGGACAUCAGAUCCUCUCUGUAUGUAUUACUCUCACAGAGAGAAAGGGCUUACACAGAAGCCUGUCCUGGAGCCUUUGGCAACCUUGUCCUGCCACAGAGUGAGUUGGGAGAACAUACUAGGACAAUUCUGAAUGGUAAGACAGGAGUGAAUUUUUCAACCUCAUGAUUUUUAUUCUUCUGUUCAAAAUUUGAAGUAUUAGUGCCCAGGGCAAGAUGCUUUACUAAAUGGUUCCCUUGAGCCACAAAGAGUUCCAGUGCUCCACUUCUUGUUCACUGGUAGAAGGGGCACACUUAACAGAUCUUGAAUUAAUUCUAACUUCUAAUUAUGUUGCCCCCUUGGAGUUCUUGCUAGUGGAUAGCUCUAAAGGCAGUUUAUUCAUCCUUAAAGAUGAGAAUAAAAAAACAAACCCUUAAUUUUCAUUUGUGCAAAUUGAUUAACUGCCAGAUAUUUAGGUUACAAAACUAAGCUAGUUUUCUUUGAGCAAAUGGGGAAACCUUAAAGUAGUCGUAAACUUGGGUUAGAUGCUCCAUAACUGGAAUUCAUUUGAACUUCCCGAGUGGGGCUGGGGAGAUUCUUUGUUGUAGGUAGUUCAGGUACGGGGCAAGUAUGUGAUAGACUUGGGUGUUCCCUGACAGGAAAGAAAGAGAGAGAGAGAAAGAGUCCCUUGCCUGGAGACAGGCUGUUAUAUACUACCGCUGGAGCAACCGGGGCUUUGCGUUUGAUUUCAUUAUGUCUAGGCUUCCUCGCCUCUUCUUGCAGUGAGCUUAAAGCUUGCCUGGUAAAUGCUAGCCAAGAGACAUUUUGGGCUUGUUUUUGUUUAUUUCUAGGAGGUGUUAGGAACGUGUAAAAGAAAUUUGAUUUUUAGUUUGCUGAAUUAAAGAUUACUUAGCAGGAGAGCUCACAUCUUGCUUUGAAAUGUGUCAUUAUAGAGGCCUGUGAAAUUCAGAUUGCAUGAAAAUUCCCAGUUAAUAUAUUGCUCUGUCAUAUUCCUGAAGUAAUAUUCUACCUGAUCUUUCACACUUGCAUUCUUUUGUUCAUAGCCUGCUGAACCGUACCUCUUGUCAUGUUGUAAUGUAGGCUUUAUUUGAACGCUUCAAUAAAAAUUAUAGCAUGUUCAUAUAAAA